UUCAAAAUCCCAACGGAAACCCACCGCCAUUGCCACAACCAUCCCGUCCCCUCUUGGGCUCUUAAUAACUCUUUUCUCACAGCAUUCAAUUGUAUUCCUUCUCACCCUUUUCCUCUCAGUCCCUUCUUCAAGAUUUAUGCCUCUGUUUCUUCACUGAUUUGGAAUUACUCAUUCUGUCGUUGCUGAGCGGAUCUUGAAGAUAUUCUCAAGAAUUGGAAUUUCAGUAUCAUUCAAAUCCCAAAUAAUCUAUUAAUUUCUCAUCUCUUGAAUUGUUGCAAAGAUGAACGACUUAAUGACGAAAUCGUUCCUAAGUUAUGUUGAUCUCAAGAAACAAGCAAUGAAGGACCUUGAAGCAGGGCGAGAUAUUGAGAUGGGGCAACUCGACCCAUCCGAUGAAAGUAAUCUCUCAAAGUUUUUUGAAGAAGUAGGCGCAAUCAAGGCCGACAUGGAGGAAAUCACCAAUCUACUUCUUGAUCUUCAAGAUCUCAAUGAAGAGACUAAAUCUGCUCAGAGUUCCAAAAUUCUUCGCGGGUUAAGGGACCGGAUCAAUGCCGACAUGGUCAUGGUUCUUCGAAAAGCCAAGAUCAUCAAAACGAGAUUGGAAUUGCUUGAUAAAUCGAAUGUUGCAAAUCGUAGUGUAUCAUCUGCGUAUAGAGAAGGAAGCCACAUUGAUCGUACAAGAAUUGCGGUGACUAAUGGCCUGAGAGUUAAACUCAAAGAUAUAAUGAAUGAUUUUCAGUGUUUGAGGGAGAAAAUUGUUUCUGAGCACAAAGAAGGGCUUAAGAGGAGGUAUUAUAGCGCUACAGGCGAGCAACCGAGCGAGCAAAUGAUCGAAAAGAUGAUAUCAGAAGGCGGGCUUGUGGGAGUUCUUGAGGGCAAGGGAGAAUCAAUGGAGGAGAAUCAAGAGAGAGAUGAGGCAGUGAAGGAAAUACAGAGAAGCUUAGUUCAGCUACACCAAGUCUUUCUUGACAUGGCAGUGAUGGUCGAGACUCAAGGCGAGCAAAUGAAUAAUAUCGAGCAGAACGUAGUUAAUGCUGGAGCAUAUAUAAAUGAUGGGACGAAAGAGCUCGAUCGUGCUAAACGGAUGAAGGGCAGAAGGACGUGGGCUUGUUGGAUUGGGGUAGUCGUGCUGGUGUUCGUGUUGGUAUGCCUCAUUGCAAUGCUUUUCUGAAAUUAGAAACUAACUUAAGAUUUAUAUGCAGUGUAUCGUCUUUGCUUGUUGCCUAUUGUCUCUUCAGCUGCUUGACACAGAACUUGAGGGUUUGGAGAGAAUUUCAUUGCUUUUUUUUUUCUUUUUCUUUUUCCCUUUUUACUUUAAUUUUGAGUGCGAUGUGUCUGAUGAUUUCUGUUCAUCAUUCACUGCAUCAUUGAAGUCGAUUGUGUUCAUUGAGAUUUUCUCAUUGUUGUGCCAAGUUGUAUUCAUUUUUUUCCUUUUUGAAGUGAAGGGAGAUAGAUGAUCCCUGUUUUCUUGACAAUAUUGUGAAUAGCAUUUUAAAAUUUUAAUAGCAGUGAGAUCUCUGUUGUUGGAUUA